AUGUACAUCAAUUUGUUUGAGCCAGUUUGUGGAGCUGAUGAUCUGACUUACUUCUCUCCUUGUCGAGCUGGAUGUUUGAGAACAUUGGGAAGUGAUGGAGUGAGUUGUUAUGAUAAAAUUAAAUCAUUGAAAGUAAUGGUUGUGUCUGAUGAACAACGCCACUUAGCAUUGGGUGUCCAAGCAUUUAUUUACAGAACCUUUGGAUCUAUACCUGGCCGUGUUCUGUUUGGAGUAAUGUUUGAUGUUUCAUGCAUUACUUUUAACUAUGAAUGUGGUAUCCGUGGUAACUGCUGGAUUUAUGAUAACAAUAAACUAGGUCUUUAUAUAUUUUCACUUGCUUUUCCUUGUGUUACCAUGGCAGCUGAGGAAGAAAGGGUUAACUCUAUAACUGAAACGACUAAAGAAGAUCUAGACAAUAUUCCAGAAGUUCCCGCCUGA